ACUCCUUGUACAUUCUUGAGCUGCUUCCUCUCAUGAGGAAAUGAACCAGUUUGCGAAAGAUACCUCCGAGAUGUUGAUUAUGACUCACCCCAGGAAACGUUUGUUAUUCACGGGAGAAGGAAUAUCAACCUUCUUCACCGUAACUUGCUCUGUGAGAAUGUACUUCACAGGUAAAACAGGUUUAUCAGAAAACAAUUCUACUCCGUCAUGAUGGAGACUUUUUCUAACAAUGAUGAUGACCAGGAAAGACGAUGGCCGCUGUGGUGACGCUGGGUCGACUUGUACCCGACUGGAGGUCCAGCGAAUCGAGACUCCAAUUUCCAUGACAGGGAUCGGUGUCGAGGGUUACAAAACUGCUCUUUGAAGUGACUGGGAUCGCCAGUCACUCCUCACAGAAGUGAGGCCCAGUACUCCAGAAGUGCUCGGGGCGUCACUUGCGAAGUGGAGUAGAGGCGUUGAGCAAUCACAUCCUGCCGCACGAGCUCAGUAGGGUAGUUUACGGGCCACCUACCUAGCGAUGCAUCUGUGAGAAAACGCAGUCUGCACGCAGGGGCAACCACCACGCGUCGCCGAUCGGAAUUGUGCCAGAGAUGUCACAAGUUCGCAACUCCUCGGGCGAAAACCGUUAGGAGAUCAGUUAGAAGGUUAGAGGAUCAGACUGUACAUGAAUCUAAGAAUGGUCCAAAAUCCACACAGAGUGAUGGGUAGGCACGAGUUCAGAAAUCCAGCGACUCUUGUCGCGUUGGUCUCAUCCGUCUGUCCUCCUCAGAGAAUGCCAGUCCUCUCCAUGAUCUGUUAGUGAUUCUCCCGAUGAAGGAGAGGGUUCGGUUCUGUUAUCAUUCUUAUUCAUGCCGCAACUGUAGCCCUUUAUCCUCCUCCAUGUGCACUGGGCAGUGCGCUCUUUUGCUGUAACUCAGUGCCUCGAUCUCGCCUUCUUUUAUAACUCCCUGGUUACGCGGUUCGUCUCCUCUCCCGUACUCCACGAGUCCUAAAUACUUCGGUAGACCAGAUCUGAAACCUCUAAAUACUGUGAUCGACCAGAUCUAAGACCUUCUACUCUGGGUCUAUACUCUACAAUACUGUACUUUGAUCAUCACUUGGUUGGUACAAAUUUGCCCCGUAAGUUGACUUCCUCCUUCAUUCCUGUCGCUCUCUAUAUUCGAAGGUAAUCUUGCGAUGCCGGCAAGUAACUUACGGUGGAGUAUGGAGUUACACGUCGAUUGCUGUGAUGGGAAUGGCAGAUUGAGAUGUUUCGGUAGGGAGGGGAAUUGAAAGGAAGGUGUGAGGGGUUGGAUCUGACCAACAUGCCAGAUGAAUGGUCAGCAUAACUCCCGUGCGGUGAAGAGCGUUUACCAGUUGCGAAAUUGGAGAGAAUUUUGUAAAAAUAACAAUUUGGAACUCAGGUUUCACGUACGGUUUUCUUCCUCGCAUUCGCCAGUGGGUUCUGUUGACGUUCCUCGUGAAUAUGCACUUAUUCUGACUUCAGUCCCAUCGAGUCUCGUCGAUUGUGUGGCAGUACCCAGACCCGAAAAAGGACCAGCGGACGGACAUGCUUCGUACAUAUUCUUCCAAAGCUCGAACGGAAAACUCUGCUCCAAAAGUACAGAAGGUAGAAAGACGAUGCACUCCGUGACUCGGUCGAUGCCUCCUGGACCCACAGUACUACGCUGCAAAUUUGGGGCUCGUAUAUACUAGCCCUCCAUGACUUUUCAUGAUUCCACUGUUGUUCUGUUGACGUCGCCGUGAGCAUCUAAUUCGUGUGAUAUAUUUUCACUCAGAGUGUAUUUGCAAUUCACCAACCAUGGAAAUGAACGAGGAUCCUUCAAUCUUCGUCCUUUUUCAUUAUUCUCAACUGGUACAAAUCCAAGGGGGCGCGGUUACAAGAAUCAAAACAGAAAUUUAGGUGUUAAAUACAUCGAGACUAAUUCCAAUAAGAUGACAAUUCACAAUUAUUUUUUUCUAGAAAAAUCUGCACUGUCUGCAACAUAGUAUUAGAAUUGAUCAUAAUCUUAGAAUUGAUAUCAUGUAUCCAAUUGUCACUUUGGAAAGUGAGCCGCCAGUUACCACUCACCCCCAAUUUUAAAGAACAUGGGGUGCUAUCAUAGUUCAUGUUGUUUAAAAUAGGGCCCAUGCGGAGAGUAAUUUGUUUGAUGGGACCACUGAGGAUUAGUUUUACCCGAUUGGAUCCCAACGACGGUGUGCCGUCGGACAUAGUUCUUGUAACUACAAUUACUACUAGUUACAAUGCGGGAAUUACAAUCAGAGAUCAAUACCUGAUUAUAAAAUCUGGUGGAUUAUCACGGGGACAAAGAUCGAUUUUGCUCGAAGUGCAAUUUGUUGUGCUUCAAUUCUUCCGAUCGCAAAGAUUCGUGGAUUUCUCUGUUGCCUCUCAACUGCACACUCCUUCUGUAACCCUGCGUGUUCCGAGCUCAAGUCUCGCGAUCACCCAUUUGUGACGAACAAAUAAACUCCGGAUGAACAUUUCUUUGCUCGUUUCCUUGGAGAGUGGCCGGAUACAGAAUGACAACAUAAAAACAAGUGAGUGUGAUGGAGUGCGAAGUCCACUCUGUCUGCGGUUGCGGUGGACUCGUUGCACUCUCUCUUGUUGUUAUUAAAACAUGGGUGACGGUGCACCGUUCAUGGGUUCCCAUCGGGUAAAAUGAAACCUUAAGGGUCCCAUCAAGCAAAUUACUUUCCGCAUGGGUACCAUCAAGCAAAUCUCUCUUAAAAUUGGG